UUACUUCAUGAGCUACAGCGCAUGUGUCGAAGCCUCGGGUAUCAGAGGACCAUCACUAGCUGUCAGACUGUCAGAUGAGGACUCUUGUUCAUUAGUUUGAGCAACAUUUCCCACGUAUUUUUUGGCAUGUAGAUGUGAGAAAAACACGGAGCCAAAAUGCAGAUCCUGACCCCUCAUGUCUACUGGGCGCAGCGGCACGGAGAGAUCUUCCUCCGGGUGGAACUGAGCGACGCCAAGAAUCUCAAUAUUAGCCUGCAAGAAAACAACACACUUCAGUUCAGAGCACAGGGCCAUGGAGCUAAAGGAGACAAUGAAUAUGAGUUCAGUCUGGAGUUCCUGGAACCCGUUCAACCUGAGAUCAACCAUAAGUCCACCCAGCGACAGGUGGACAUCAAAAUCAAGAAACAGGAGGAGCGCUGGUGGGACCGGCUGACGCUGCAGGAGAAGAAGCCUCUGUUUCUGGCUCCGGAUUUCGACCGCUGGCUGGACGAGUCGGAUGCUGAGAUGGAGCUUCAGGCGAAGGAGGAGAAGAUAAACAAGAUAAGCAUCGAGUCAAGAGUUCGUAAAGAUCCCUACCUCGGGCUGAAGAAAGGCUACUUGUUCAUGUACAACCUGGUGCAGUUCCUGGGAUUUUCCUGGAUCUUUGUCAACAUGACGGUUCGACUCUUCAUUCUUGGUCAAGACUCGUUCUAUGAUACCUUCCACACCACGGCCGACAUGAUGUAUUUCUGUCAGAUGAUGGCCGUGCUCGAGGUUGUUAAUCCCUUGUUGGGUCUGGUUAAGACUGGAUUUUUUCCUGCUAUGAUACAGGUGGCAGGAAGGAACGUCAUUUUGUUCGUCAUCUUCGGCAGCGUGGAGGAGAUGCAGAACAAACCUGUUGUCUUCUUCGUGUUCUACUUGUGGAGCACCAUCGAGAUCUUCAGAUAUCCAUUCUAUAUGCUGGCCUGCAUCAACACAGAGUGGAAGCUGUUGACGUGGCUGAGAUACAGCCUCUGGAUUCCUCUGUACCCUCUGGGGGUUAUAGCUGAAGCGGUGGCUGUGAUCCAGUCUCUGCCCAUCUUUGAUGAGACCCGUCUGUUCAGCCUCCCACUGCCUGCGAUGCUGGGCCACUCUUUAAGCUUCUCCUUCAGUCUACAGCUCUACCUGGUCCUCAUGUUUCUGGGACUCUUCAUCAACUUCCGACAUCUGUACAAGCAGAGAAGGAGACGAUUCCGCUCGAGGAAAAGGAAAGUCCACUAACUGAUGGCCGCUCUUACGUUGCACACCCUGCAGCUGUUUCCUUUUCCUCUUAUUUCCCUUUUCAUCUUCCUAAACACCCACUGAGCUGAUGAUGGAGUCACAUUUUUCCUCCACUGGGUGAACUGUAUUCUCUCCUAUACCAGCUCUAAACAUCUCCUGGGACGCUGUACACUUUGAUCCGGUACUUUACUGAUGUGAGUUUGAGUUGUUACCAAGUGUAUUCUUUUGAAAAUGACCAUAUUUAUUAAGAUUUCCACAUAAGGGGUGUCAUUCUCCGGUCACCGUUUACGGUUGUGCACACUUUUUGUUUCAUUUUUCUGGUUUGGGUUCAUGGGAAAAGUGUUUUUAGUUUUAAGAAGGAUAAAAAGGAAUUUUGAAACCUGCUGUCAAUAAUGACAAUUUUAUUAUCAUGCAUCAUAAAAAUGAAGAAGUAAUUUAGUUCAUCAUUGGAAACACAAAAGUUAUUGUUAAUGCGUCAUAGGAGUUUAUGAUCUGUUCUGUGUACAAAGAUACUCCAACAGGUGAGUUAUUUCCAUUUUAUUUAUGAAUUUCACAUUAUUUGUACGAUCUGUUUCAAAAUAUCUCUUUACAGCAUGUUUGCUGGUGUUGUAUGAUCUUUUAAUCCAUUUAUUACAAAACACAAACCUUCAGACAGACGUAUAAUUGUCUUCAUAUUAUAUUUAUAUUUGCGUGUUAAUGCACUUGGAAGCCGAUACAGUUUUAAUGCUCUCUUGGUGUGUUCAAAGAUGCUUCACUGUCUCAAAAUUUAGGAUUUUAUCAGUUACUUUAAAUACAAGAUACAAGUAAACACAUCUAAGGAUUUCCCUGAUGUAGUUUGCUUGUUUUCUUCUGACUUUAUUUUCUGUAAACGGUUCAAUAACUCUGCUUUCACUUUCCAUUAGCCCAGUAUCAAUUACAGGAAGUACAUAAAUAGACCACAAGAGUUUGAAAAUGAUUGUUGAUCCACGGAAUGAAGUGCAGCAUUUCUGACUGUUUACAUGCACAGUAAUUCUCCACUUUUAUUCUGCAACAAUAUAUUUGUCACAUUCAUUGGAAUAUGUAUAACAAAAAUAAACAAAAUAACUAAAUGAAAAUAUUAGCAGACUCUUAAUUUCAUCGGCCAUUUAAACAGUUUAGUAGAAAUAUUGUCUUUUUCAAAAUAAGUACAAGAACUGUAAUAUUUUGUGCAUGUAAACAUAGUUUUUCAACAUACACUUGAAAAAAAAGAAAUGUUCUCUGUGAUGGAUCAUCUAUCUCAUGUUAAGUGGUUAACUCUGAAAAGGGGGUCUGCAGUGAUUUACAUUUUUGUGCAAGUUAAUAAGCUAAAACACCACUUUUAGGGUUUUUAAAUUAACUUACAUGUUACAUCGGAUGCCUUUACAUGAGAUAUAUCUUGUUGGUUUCAGAAGUGAAUUCUGAGCACUGAGCCUUGGAUGAAGCUGUGAGUCAUUCAGUGCUUUGAAUAUUAACAAAACAUGCAAAUUGCUCUGGGGAAAUAUUUUAAUUCCUGACAGAAUUCCCAAUCCUGUAUACAGGACUGUACAGUUAGUUUAUUUGUAAACUACAACAGGAGCUUGUGAUUACACCUCAUGAACCAAAAAUGUUUUUUUUUGUUCUCUAGAUUCAUAAUAUGUCUUGUUUAAAGCUGCAAAAUGCACGACUGAGAAUGAUGGGAUGUAAACUGUGAAGGAAAACCUCAUUCUAAUCCUGAAGUCCUGUAAUGUGACAAUUAGAAAAACACUUGUUGGAUCAGUCAGUGCUACUGUACACCACAGGAUAGAAAAAAUAAAUGAAACGGGAAGAAGAGUUAAAGAGAAUUACAACAUCAAAAUGUAUUGCAGUGCUUGUUUUAAGCUGAAAUCAUGUCCCACCACAACAGCAGCUCUGAUCACUGUGGUGGAGUGCAGGUAUGAGCUUUGCUGCACCUGUAACCAGGAUGUCACCGAGUCCUGGACUCCACCUGCACAUCACAUAUCAAAGCCAGAUACUCUGGGGGCGUUCAGUUACACUUUAAUGUUGGCGAAGGAGAACGCACAUCACAGUUCAGAGCUCCAUCAGUCGUUCUGUGAUGCAAACAGAUUUCAGUCCCUUCAGGUGCAGCAGUUUGAGAAAGUGGCAGGUAUCAAGGUAUUGAUCGCUGCUGUUUCAUGAUGUUUUGUUUGUGUAUGUUGAAAUCAGAAAAGGAGAAAGACAGGAAUGGAAGGUGUUGACAAAAUGAUCAUUUUUAAAGUGAAUUUUCUUGCUUUGUAGCUUGCUUGUUAAUAAUGCUACAAUAUGAUUAAUAAUGUCAUUGAUUAUAUUAUUCUAAUAUAAUUAAGAAUAUUCCCUGUCCUUUAUUCCCUGUGUGAGUGAAUUUCUCCCAGAUAAAGACUGACUGCAGCCCCAGUUGUUCGCUGCAAUGUGUAUGACAGCAUGUGUAGAAUUUAAAGACCUACUUUCCUACAGUGAUAGUAUUAAAUAAAUGAUUGCAUGCCUCCAUCCACUGACCCGUAAAUCUGACCAAAGGAAAGCCAUUUUUGUUUCCACAAACUUUGCCAACAACAAGGCGACUUAUUGAAUAAUUAGUGAAUUUUACAGUUUGUUUGUCCACCAAAGAGCCAGUUACCAAGUUUAGUUUUCAUCUGUCAAAUGUCCCCCUAAAUACAUACGGUGUCCUCUAAAAGUAUGUCCACAGCAGAGUGAAACUGAUGCUGUCGCUGCUUAUAGGCAUUUUAAAUUUAGAUCAAAACAACAAAAAAUUAGUUUUCUAUGAAAAAAGAAUGCUAUACAUGCACAAAGGUAGUUUUAAUAGUAGAUUGCAAUUUCACUGUAGUGUUAACUUACUUUUGAAAUUUUAUAUUUACUUUUUUAGAGUCUGUUGUUUUUAAAAAAUAUUUUAUGAUACUUACAUAUAAAUAACAUCAUUUUGACAAAUUUUUAAGUCAACUUCAAAUGUUUAACAUGGCUAACACCUUAGUUUCUCUCUAGUGUUAACAUACUUUUGGGGCACACUGUGUCUUGGGCACAGUCAUUUUUUUUUAAUUGCCCCCUGGGGACAAGUACAGUUUUCUGAAUCUGGAUUAUUUAAAUGAACCAGAUUUAACAGAUCCUUACCAAAAUGUUUGCCCAGUUUAAGAGUUUAUAGUAAAAAGUUGAUGUUUUACAGACAUGUUUUCUUUUUCUCACAUAUUAACUUUUGUGUUUGUGUCAGAAACCUACUAUUAGGGGACUUAUAAUUUGUUUUAUAAUAAAUUUCUUCCCUUUGAACAGUAACAUGUUGCUCUCUUGGACAGUUUGUAAUGAAGAUUUAAGGAGUAGAUUUAAGCUGCACUUCUGGUGGUGAAUGAUGCCACAUUCCAGGGGAGUCUUGAGUACAUAGAUGGAUUUAACUUGAAAAACUUAGCAGUCUAUCAUAAUAAAUAUUGUGUUGUUUUCAUUUGUAAAGUUUCCUAACUUUUGUCAUUUUAAUCCUUGAUUUGAUCUUUUGUUUCAUUUGGAGUCCUGAAGUCCAAACUGGAAAGAUGGAAAACAUUUGUGAAAGUUUAGUUACAUUAAAAUGAAGGCUGUCACUGCAUGUACUUGGGAUUCAGCAAUUAAUCAAUAAUUGUUUUAGAUCCUUAUGAGCCGUCCACCAUGUUUUUAUUAUUUAUGUUACUGAUUGUAAAUUGAGAGUUAAACUGAACGAGUUGUUGUUGUUGUACUUUUUAUUUCCUCUCCAGUUUUUCACUGUUUUAACUACCUGUUCACCAUUUUAAAGCCUUUGUCUCUCUUAUAUUUCUUUAUGUUUGCUGAAAUUGUUGCAUUUAUUUAGUUUCAUUCUGUGUCUUUUGGGGAGAGAUCUGUUUUGGACACAGCUGAGCUUUUAAAUAUCCAUUUACUGCAUCUUUAAUGUUUUUUCUGCAGGCAUAAAAGUCACAGAUUUGGCUUCUUUUAACAUGUUCCUUCAAAAAAAAUAAACAUUUCUCUUUUAGA